AUGUCUCGUGCUUCGAAGUUGACUCUCGCUGCUACCGGUCUGGGCACGGCUGGUAUUGUCUACUUUGUGCACUGGGCCCAGGAAAAUGAUCGUGCGGCUAUGCACCGUGGUGUCGAGCGAGAUAUGGAAAAGCAGCGCAUUCGCCAGGAACGCCAGGCCGAGUUUGAAUUGCAGAAGGCUCUCGAGAAGGAGUAUCUCAAGCUUCAAACAGUACACAGUACAACCGAUGAUUCGAAAGUGGGAACCAAUCCAAGUACGAAUACAGGGACGUGA